AUGCCCGUGCCCUCCUCCACGCGCUGCCCUGCCCGACCUCUCCUUCAGCCGAGCUCCUAUCCCUCGCGCCCGAGACCUCGCCAGCAUCCCAGGCCCCGAGCUCCGCAGCGCCAUCCCCGCCUCCUCUGUCACGCGCUCGUCCGCGUCGACGCCGGCAGGCUCCGGCCGGAUCGGCUCGGGUCCCCGCUGCUCCUCUCCGCCGCCCUUGUUGCGAGUCGCCCGGAUUCGUCGGACCCUUGCUUCGUUCCCCUCCUGGUCGUGCCGCCGACGAGGUCCCCGACGACCCAGCCAGCGCCGGUUUCUUCUCUGCUCGAGGAACUCCAGCAGCCACACACGACCGCGUCGACGUCCCCUGCCUCAUCUGCGUCGUCGUUGCAACUGGCGCAUGCGCCUCUCGCCGACCUUCCUCUCCGCCGCCCCAAGCUGCGGCCUCGCCGGAGAGCUCCCCCGCGCCCGUCCCAUCGCGCCGUGCCUGCCUCCUCUGCCUCGCGCUCGUUCGCCGCCACCAACUCCCUGCCGCUGCCUUCUGCUUCCCCUGCAACGAGCAGAGCCACUGCCGCACCAACCUGGCGCGCCUACGCCCCUUCUCCGGCCAAGUCCGGCGCCCCAUGGCCGGAUCUGCCGUCGCCUGCUCGUCGGUAG